AUGUCUGAGAAAUGGACCCCUGUACCAGAGGAAACCCAGAAAAAGCGGGUGUGCUACUUCUUCGAUUCCGACAUUGGAGGCUUUCACUAUGGGCCCGGACACCCUAUGAAGCCGACGCGUAUACGGAUGUGUCACUCCUUGGUCAUGAACUAUGGCCUCUACAAGCGGAUGGAGAUAUUCCGAGCUAAACCCGCCACCAAACGCGAGAUGACGCAAUUCCACUCGGAUGAAUACAUCGAUUUCCUUAGUCGAAUAACUCCCAGCAACAUGGGAUCUUACGUCAAAGAACAGUACAAAUACAACGUCGGGGACGACUGCCCAGUUUUCGAUGGAAUGUUUGACUACUGCUCAAUAUCUGCCGGGGGCUCGAUGGAGGGUGCUGCUAGGCUGAGCCGAGACAAAUGUGAUAUUGCUAUUAAUUGGGCGGGUGGCCUGCACCAUGCCAAAAAGAAUGAAGCGAGUGGUUUCUGCUAUGUCAAUGAUAUUGUCUUGGGUAUUUUGGAGCUGUUAAGAUACCAUACGCGCGUUCUCUACAUUGACAUUGACGUGCAUCACGGAGACGGAGUGGAAGAGGCCUUCUAUACCACGGACCGAGUCAUGACGUGUAGUUUCCACAAAUACGGGGAAUACUUCCCUGGUACUGGUGAAUUGCGGGAUGUAGGCAUCGGGAAAGGGAAAUACUAUGCCCUGAAUUUCCCACUACGUGAUGGAAUCACGGACCAAACAUAUCGUGAUGUGUUUCGACCCGUAAUUCAACAAGUCAUGGACACCUAUGACCCCUCAGCCGUGGUGUUGCAGUGUGGCACCGACUCCUUAUCAGGCGACAAGCUUGGCUGCUUUAACCUGUCCAUGAAAGGUCAUGCAGACUGUGUGAAGUUCGUGAAAUCUUUCAACAAGCCGUUAUUGAUGGUGGGUGGGGGUGGCUACACCAUGCGUAACGUCAGCCGUGCUUGGGCCUUUGAAACGGGCCUUGCAACGGGCGUCGAGUUAUCGCCAUCAAUACCAAUGAAUGAGUAUUACGAAUACUUCGGCCCCACUUACGAACUGGAUGUAAAACCUUCUAAUAUGGAAGACAUGAACACGCCUCGAUACCUAGAUAGGGUGCGAAACAUUCUGUCAGAUAAUUUGAGGCGGCAAGGGGGUCCUCCCAGUGUGCAGAUGCAAGAUGUUCCCCGGUUACCGAUCGACGAGAUGAUGGACGACAUUGGUGCAGAGGAUGACUUGAUCCCGCCGGAUGAACGUCGCCACCAGAGGCUGCUUGACACGAGGCGGCAAGCGGAUGGAGAGCUCUCAGACUCGGACGAUGAAGGGGAAGUUCGUCGGUUAACGGUAGCACGUCGGGCUCGGGGCGAAAGUUCAAGGGCGUCAUGGGCAUCAAUCUCAGCUCAGCGGCAGGCUCUGCAUCUCACGGCGCUGGACCCAGUGCCAAUACGACCAUGCCGCCGGUGA